GUUGAGGUGUGCAAUGCAUUGACCAUUGCAACGUGGAAGGAACAAAGCUCAUAAUUCGGACAAAGCAAGUUCAUCGUUGUCUAUCUAUUGCUGCUAUCUAUCACAUUGCAUUUAUUUUGACCAUGAUGAAGUCGGCCACCUUUAUCGAUGCUGCCAAGCCUGUUUUGUCUCAUGCUGAUGAUGAUGGUUGGAACCUGACCGCGGGGAUCAACAACACGACCUCGAAUCCAUUUGGUUCCGUCUUGUUCACCGCUCCUCCACAGCCAUGGACGACCAAGAGUCUCCCCGAGGUGGUCGUGUCGGAAGACUCCUUUUCCUCGGAAGAAGAUGUUUUGUCGGACGACGAGGAUGAUGCCGCCUGCUCCGAGUCGGCACUGAAAGCAGUCGAAGAGGUACUGAGUGGUGGCGCUGAAGUGGAUGUUCCAUUCUACACAAAGGAAGAGACUCUGUACGUCAUUACGGAGGUGCUCGAGGAGGAGGAGGACAAGGAAGAAGAAGAAUCGAAGCACGAUGGCAUUCUGGAAUCGAUUCUGGAGGAAAAGGAGGAGGAGGAGGAGGAGGAGACUGACAAGGUUGUGGUAUCCUCGAUCAUCAUUGAGCCCAAGAGCAACGGUUUUGCCUCCAAGGUACACUAUCCGACGGCUGCUCUGGACAACUUCAAGGCCAUUAAUAUGGCGCUUCCAAAGAGUGUCAAGGUUGUAUCGUAUGAAGAUGAUGAUGUCUCGGUUCUGUACGAUGAUCCCGAGUGGGAGGAUGAAAUGUGCAUCCCACAGUCCACGCUCGACUGCCUCGCAGCCGUCUUUGACGGCGAGGAAGAGUUCAACGAGUCCGACUGUGAUCAUUCGGACAGCGACGAAGACGAAGACGAAGACGAAGACGAAUGGAAUAAUGAAUGGUAGAUGGAAUGCGGGAUGGCUACCGUACCUGAUCGAGGAGCGCCCGUUGUCGCAGAAGAAUGUGUAUGAAUGUUAACGCUAGCAUCUUUAAUAAAAUCAUAAUAGCGCCAGACUU